AUGGACUGGGACAGUGCAGAUAGACCGCAGGCCUAUAAGGAUUUCAAACAAACGGCCUCUAUGUGGUUGAAUGUACAUAAUAUUGCAGAUGCUGACCAGCACAACUACAUUAUAUUAUGGUCAGGCAAGGAGGGCCUACGCAUGUUCAACACAUGGGGCCUGACAGAGGAUGAACUCAGAAACCCUCAGAACAUUUGGGACAGAUUUUCCAAGCAGAUAGAGCCCAAGGAAAAUUUUCGCAUCCAUCGCUUGGAAUUCCAGCGAUUUGUGCAACUCGACACUGAGAGCGUUGAUGAGUUCUAUACACGCUGCAAAUCUAAAGCCAUGAAAUGUCAGUUCGCAGAUGACGCAGCACUCAGUGAGAGAAUCAUUGAGGUGUUAAUCUCUGGUGUGAAAUAUCCUGAUGCGCAAAAGAAGCUGUUGCAGAAAGAUGAUACAUUGCAAUUGAAGGAUGCCUUGGACAUUUGCCGGACGCAUGAAGCCAGUGUCAGACACAUGGCCCAGUUGAGCCAUAUUGGCAAAGCCAAUGUGGAUGCCAUCAAAACGCGUGGACAUUGCAAGAACUGUGGUGGACAGCACCCAUACAGACCACGUGACAGGUGCCCUGCAUAUGGUACGCAGUGCAAUGGCUGUGGCAAACAAGGACAUUGGCAGCACAUGUGUCUCAGCUCAGGCUCAAAACCUCGCCCGAAACGCAAGUCACGUUCACGCACGAGAGGUUCGUACUCCCCCAGACGCGGCCGUCGACCAUCGCGCUCUCAGUCACGCCAGACAAAGGAGGUUGACGCUGUUGAGUACGAAGUUUUAGCGGCCCAGGACCAGUUUGAGAGCAUUUCGUUCGAUACUAUUCGCAUCCAGCAUGGUACCAAAGGCGGUGAAUGUGCAUCUGACACCCGCGAUGAACUUUUCGCGUCACUCGACAUUGAGUUAAAGCAUCGUCCAGGAUCGCAUACGCUCAAAGUGAAGGUGGACACAGGUGCGCAAGGGAAUAUCCUACCCCUUCGCACAUUUCGACGUAUGUUUCCACAGCUACUCGACGCUGAUGGGUUCCCUACACCUGGCUCUAUUACCCCACAUGAUACGCUCCUUGUCGCUUACAAUGGUACGCGCAUCCACCAAUACGGUUGCAUCAAGCUUCAUUGCUGUUACGGUGACGCGGACUGGGUGGAUGCAACGUUCUUUGUGGCUGAUACCGACGGUCCAGCAAUCCUUGGACUUCCAACGUCGCGAGCACUUCAUCUCAUUACGCUCCAUUGUGCAGUUCGCAAGGUACCGCCGCACAGCGGAAAGCUGGCGGAUGGUGAUGCCUCCCUACAAUCGGGACAUGGACAGAAUACACCCAUAUGCACUAAGGACGACCUUUGCAAACUGUACCCUGAUCGCUUCACUGGGAUUGGACGGUUUCCCGGUGAGUACCAUAUCGAACUCAAGGACAAUGCGUGUCCGGUCGUGCAACCUCCGCGCAAGUACCCCAUCCAAAUUAAGGAGGAGCUAAAAGCUGAACUGGACAGAAUGGAAAGUCUGGAUGUCAUUGCUAAAGUGACGGAACCCACUGACUGGGUCUCGUCGCUGGCAUUCAGCAGGAAAGACAAUGGCAGCCUCCGAGUGUGCCUUGACCCACAGGCACUGAACAAGGCGUCCAAACGCACCUACCACAAGACUCCAACUCUCGAGGAGAUAACCCACCAGUUCAAUGGUGCGAAAAUAUUCAGCAAACUUGACGCACGACAUGGGUACUGGAGCAUUGUGCUGGAUGAGGAAUCCAGUCUUUUAACGACUUUCAACUCACCAUUUGGGCGAUAUCGUUUUCGCCGCUUGCCUUUUGGCCUCAAGGUCUCCCAAGAUAUCUUCCAGGAGAAAAUGGACAUGAUCUUGGAGCAGUGCCCUGGCACUCUUGGGAUAGCGGACGACGUCGCGGUGUUCGGGGCGACAGUUGAAGAACAUGACAAACAUUUGCACAAUCUCAUGCAUGUUGCCCGCAAAUAUGGUCUGAUCUUCAAUCUUGGCAAAUGCGACGUGCGUACCCCAUGCAUCAAGUUCUUCGGUGGCCUAUACGACGCAUCGGGCGUGCACCCAGACCCAGACAAGGUCCAGGACAUACAUGCAUUGCCCGCCCCCGGCACUGUCAAUGAGCUCCAACAAUUCCUCGGUUUCGUGCAGUACCUUGCACCAUUUGUUCCCCGGCUGGCUGACCACACUGACACUCUUCGCGCAUUGCUCCGCAAGGAUAGUGAUUGGCAAUGGAAUGAAUCGCAUCAGAAGGCAUUCGACCACGUGAAGUCACUGAUCACUGCAGAAUGUACACUUACCUACUUCAACCCUCACAAACCAACAGUGGUACAAGUAGACGCAUCCUCCAAGGGACUCGGAGCCGCCCUGUUACAGGACGGCAAGCCAAUCGCGUUCGCCAGCAAAGCCUUGACAGCCACAGAACAGCGAUACGCUAAUAUAGAACGGGAGUUGCUGGCUGUGGUUUUUGGCUGUACGCGGUUCCACACUUACCUGUACGGAGCAAAGUUUGUUGUGGAAUCAGAUCACAAGCCCUUGGAGAACAUUCAACACAAAAGCCUUGCAAACACUCCACCGCGGCUUCAGCGCAUGAUGCUACGUCUGCAACCCUACGAUUUCACGAUCAUCUACAAACCUGGUCGCGACAUGGUCCUCGCUGACGCGAUGUCCAGAUUAAAUCCGGCAUCUGGACCUGCGAUUCCCUUCGAUACGACCAUUUAUGCAAUGCAGUUUUCGCGAGCAAGACUUUCUCAACUGAAGCAGGAGACUGCAAGCGAUUCAACCCUCCGACCACUGGCAGAGAUAAUCAUGGUUGGAUGGCCAGAGAAUGCAAAAGACUUGCCAAAAUGCCUUCGCCACUUCUGGUCUUGUCGGGAUGAACUGUCUGUUGAUGAUGGCCUAGUCAUCAAGGGCGACAGAAUCGUCAUUCCUGAGUCNCGGGUCUCGUCGCUGGCAUUCAGCAGGACAGAUAAUGGCAGUCUCCGAGUGUGCCUUGACCCACAGGCACCGAACAAGGCGUCCAAACGCACCUACCACAAGACUCCAACUCUCGAGGAGAUAACCCACCAGUUCAAUGGCGCGAAAAUAUUCAGCAAACUUGAUGCACGAUAUUGGUACUGGGGCAUUGUGCUGGAUGAGGAAUCCAGUCUUUUAACGACUUUCAACUCACCAUUUGGGCGAUAUCGUUUUCGCCGUUUGCCUUUUGGCCUCAAGGUCUCCCAAGAUAUCUUCCAGGAGAAAAUGGACAUGAUAUUGGAACAGUGCCCUGGCACUCUUGGGAUCGCAGACGACGUCGCAGUGUUCGGGGCGACAGUUGAAGACCAUGACAAACAUUUGCACAAUCUCAUGCAUGUUGCCCGCAAAUAUGGACUGAUCUUCAAUCUUGGCAAAUGGGACGUGCGUACCCCAUGCAUCAAGUUCUUCGGUGGCCUCUACGACACAUCGGGCGUGCACCCGGACCCAGACAAGGUCCAGGACAAACAUGCACUGCCCGCCCCCUGCACUGUCAAUGAGCUCCAACAAUUCCUCGGUUUCGUGCAGUACCUUGCAUCAUUUGUUCCCCGGCUAGCUGACCACACUGACACUCUUCGCGCAUUGCUCCGCAAGGAUAGUGAUUGGCAAUGA